AGGUUUUAUAUGAUGAUGAGAAUUAAUUUCAAGACGAUCCUUCUUGUAUUGAUCGUCGCCGUAAUUAGUUCUAUAUUUACGUCAUGGAAUAACUGCGGAAGUAGUAUUCUUAUCAGAACGGCUGAGUGGAAGACUCGUAGGGAUCGCCUGGCUAAUAGCGAGCUCGGAUAUCAAGAGAUUGAUUGUAAUAUUAAUGGAGAAUAUUUAAUUGGAUGUAGGAGAGAGGGAGAUGAAGUUUACAUUCCUUUUUCAUUUAUUCACAAGUAUUUUGAGGUAUAUGGUAAAUUAGCUACGUACGAUGGAUUGGAAAGAUUCGAAUGGUUGCACAGUUAUUCAAAAAUAGUAAGACCAAAAUCAAAAUAUGAUCCACGCGGAGUUUUUAUGACAUUUGAAAACUACAAUGUUGAGGUACGUGAGCGCGUAAAAUGCGUCAGUGGAAGCGACGGUGUUCCAAUGUCGACACAAUGGGAGAGUCAGGGUUACUACUAUCCGACGCAAAUAGCGCAAUUCGGUUUGUCGCAUUACAGCAAAAAUUUAACAGAGCCAGAGCCACAUCGCAAGAUAAUCGAGGACGCUGAUAAAGUUCAACAGGCAUGGAUAGUGCCGCAAGGCUCAGUAAUGUCAAGAAAUUACGACGUGCAGUCGAACAGUUAUGUCUUGAGAUUUGGCACACCGGAGACAAGUACUUCGGGAAUUUCAAUAACGUUAGAUCACGUGCUGUCGUUUGUCCUGAAGCUGGAUCUGAUAAUAAAGGACAAUGGCAGCGUGACGGUAGUGAUGCAGCACCGAGAACGGAAGGAUUCUUACUACCUUCAUUAUACUACCAGCAAUAUUGUCCUCAAUACAUUGAAUAAUCACAUUUAUUAUGGGAUUGGAGUGAGUAAUAGUCAGUGGCGUCGAAUAACCCGAGAUUUAGUAGUUGAUUUACAAAAAGGGUUGAGUAUUAACGAGAAGGGGAAGAAAAAACUGUCGAGAUCGAAGUUAAAGAUAAUAAAAAUAAUUUUGUAUGGUUCAGGAAAAAUAGACAAUAUGACUUUGUCGACGAGCGAGCAUAUGGAGCAAUUUUACGAUGCAGCGCGUUGGUUUGUUGCUAAUCAGAAUGUGACAUCAGGCGGGUGGCCAAAUCCCGUAAGGAGAAAAGUUGCCAGCAGCAUGGAAAUUUUAGAGCCCGGAUGGUACUCGGCUAUGGGUCAAGGACAUGCUAUUUCAGUCCUAGCUAGAGCUUAUUAUCACUCUGGAGAUGAGAGGUACUUACAGGCAGCUGUCAGAGGUUUAAAGCCAUUUAAAAUAACAUCUUCGAAAGGUGGAGUGGCUGCUUAUUUUAUGGAUAAAUUUGUCUGGUACGAAGAAUAUCCAACCACACCGUCUUCAUUUAUAUUGAAUGGUUUUAUUUAUUCGCUUAUUGGUCUUUAUGAUCUCAAGUGUAUUGCUACAGGCAGAGACGCCGAUGAGGCCACUGAGUUGUUUGAUAAUGGUAUGAUAUCGUUGAAAAAUAUGCUUACAUUAUUUGACACCGGUUCUGGCACGACUUAUGAUUUAAGACACUAUACGUUAAAGAGCGCGCCCAAUUUAGCGCGUUGGGACUAUCAUUCCACGCACAUUAACCAGCUGUUACUUUUGAAUACUAUUGAUACUGAUCAAAUUUUUAUGAUAACUGCUGAAAGGUGGAUAGGCUACAUGAAUGGUAAAAGAGCAGCGCAUAAUUAA